AUGAGUGACGCAUAUGAGCGUGAGCAGCAGAACAAUGCGCUGCUGAGCGGUCUUUCCUCAAAGGUCUCUGCUCUCCGAUCUGUGACCAUCGAUAUCCACGACCACGCACGAGACCAUGACACAAUCGAUCACUCGAACGAAGUGUUUUCCUCAUUCUCUUCCAACUUGAAAGGCAGCGCCUCCCGCUUGACACGGAUGGCCAAGCAAGGCGACACAGUCGCCGUGCUCAAAGUUGCGGGUAUCUGCAUCGGAGUCAUUCUCUUCUUGUACAUCAUUAUCGGAUGGAUAUUUUGA